AUAUGUUAUGUGAGGGGAGACCGAAGAUUGCGUAAACAACAGAGUAUUGCAGCAAAACAGACGAAAAUAGUUGGAAAAAAUCAGUGCACGAAACAAGUCGGAAAAAUAAGCGCUGAAGAUGGUCAAUAUUCUUUUCGGUAAACUCGCGUUAGUUACGGGAGCUGGAAGCGGCAUUGGGCGAGCUGCUUGCAGAUUGCUUGCUCGUGACGGAGCAACUGUAAUUGCUGCUGAUCGGAAGAUCAACAAGGCCGAAGAAACGAUAAAACUCUUGAAUCGUGAUGGAAAAGCCGUCGAAAUGGAUGUUUCGAGCUCCGUGUCGGUAAAUGCUGCAGUCGAACAAUGUAUUGCCGAGUACAAACGCCCUCCGAGCAUUGUCGUAAAUUCCGCCGGGAUCAUUCGUGAUAGUUGGUUGCUCAAAAUGAGUGAACCUGAUUACGAUAUUGUGCUCGAUGUCAAUCUCAAGGGUACCUUUUUAGUUAUGCAAUACUUUGCCAAAGCAAUGGUCGACUACAAAGUACAAGGUUCGAUCAUAAAUUUGUCAUCCAUUGUUGCGCGCAACGGAAACAUGGGACAAGCCAAUUAUGCGCCAUCGAAAGCAGGCGUCGAAGCUUUGACAAAAGUUGCUGCCAAGGAAUUCGGCAAAUUUAACAUUCGCGUGAAUGCUGUUGUGCCAGGUUUUAUUGAGUCUCCCAUGACAGAAUCUGUUCCUGAUGAGGCGAAAAAAGUUUUUGUCAGUCAAUGCGCCUUGAAACGAUUGGGACAACCUGAAGAAGUUGCCGAAGCAAUUGCUUUCUUGGCAUCUGACAAAUCGUCUUAUGUCAAUGGAUGUACUCUCGAAGUCAACGGAGGUUAAAAAGUCUCGCACAAUUGACCUUUUUAAUGAUCCUUUUUAUUACCUACAUACAAAUAUUUAAUCCAAAAAAUGCACACAAUCUCACAAGUAACAUAGUAUCCAACAGUUUACCUCAAAGCAUCGCCGAAGGAACGAAAACGCAUUUAACGAACGUUGUGUGCAAAACAAUAUUAUUAACAAACGCUUUAAAAUAAUCAUCAUGAGAUAGUCAGUAAGCUUUAAAUGUCUGUUUUUGCACUCUUAUUAACACAUAACAAGUCACAAAUGUAGAGCACAAUAACUUGUUGUGACUCGAAAUGAAAUGGCGCCCGAUAUGGACUGAAAUAUGUGAAACUUGUUGACUUUUCGCACUAAAUGUUUACAUUUUUAAUGAUGAAAUCUAAUCGAAAGCAUUAUUCGCCAUAUAGCAUUUACUUUUUAUAUAGUUAGUUGGUAAAAGGAAGGUCAUUUAAGAUUAAAUAUAUUUUUUUGUUUUGUUUCUUUUUUUAAGCAAAUUCAUAAUUAUAUUUUUUUACGCAAGAGAUAUUUUUAAAAAAAAUUCAAGAGGAUUCAAUUUUUUAGUCAUUUCUUCUUAUGAUUCAA